AUGGCUACGUGGAGGCGGGAUGGCCGGCUAACCGGCAGCCAGCGGCUGCUGUGUGCAGGGCUGGCGGGAGUGUUCAGCCUCAGCCUCAAGGCGCCCCUGGAGCUCGCCACCGUGCUGGCCCAGGUCGGCGUGGCGCGAGGCCACUCCCAGGGGCUGUGGGCCACUGGACGCCGAGUGUGGCUAGCCGAGGGGCCGAGGGCCCUGUGGAAGGGGAAUGGCGUGGCGUGCCUGCGCCUCUUCCCCUGCAGCAUGGUGCAGCUGGCUGCCUACCGAAAGUUUGUUGUGCUGUUCAUGGAUGACCUGGGCCGUAUUUCCCAGUGGAGCUCCAUUGUGGCCGGAAGUCUCGCGGGCAUGGUCUCCAUGAUUGUCACCUACCCUACGGACCUCAUCAAAACCCGGUUGAUUGUGCAGAACAUGCUGGAACCAUCUUACAGGGGGCUCAGCCAUGCUUUUUCUACUAUUUAUCACCAAGAAGGGUUUCUGGCCCUUUAUCGAGGGGUAUCCCUCACAGUUUUAGGCGCUGUUCCCUUCUCUGCCGGUUCCCUUCUAGUCUACAUGAACCUGGAGAAAAUCUGGAAUGGACCCCGGGACCGCUUCUCUCACCUGCAGAACUUUGCCAAUGUCUGCGUGGCUGCUGCUGUGAGCCAGAAGCUUUCCUUCCCCUUUGACACCGUGAAGAGAAAGAUGCAGGCUCAGAGUCCUUAUCUUCCCCAUCAUGGAGGAGUAGAUGUCCAUUUCUCAGGAGCAGUGGACUGCUUCCGGCAGAUAGUGAAGACCCAAGGGGUCCUGGGCCUCUGGAGCGGACUAACAGCUAACUUACUGAAGGUCGUUCCAUAUUUUGGAGUUAUGUUUAGCAUGUUUGAGUUCUGCAAAAGAAUUUUUCUUUAUCAAAAUGGUUACAUCCUGUCCCCACUGACCUACAAACUGACCCCAGGGGUGGACCAAAGUUUGCAGCCCCAGGAGUUACGGGAACUAAAGAAGUUCUUCAAGCCCAGAAAACUGGAAUCUAAGAAACCAACUCUGUAGAGCUGAAUGGACGGCGUGCAGCAGUCGCAAGUGACUAUGCCCUCCUAGCUGUGCACAUUGGGAGGAAUGAGAGGGUCCUUCUGCCUGCUGCUCUUGGAGAUGUGACCACGAGGCCAUACAUCACAUCAGAACCCCAAAUUUUCCCUGUGAAUACCUGUGCCUUGAGAAGCUUUUGUGACACUGCUCUGUCACAUGGCGCUCCACCAGACUGUACGGAAGCCUAGUGGCAAUCAGAUGCACAGGAUAUGGCAUCUUGCAGCUGAAGUAGCAGAGCAGAGACCAUGUCACAAGCCCAGUCCCCAGAGUCCAGGUGAAGUAAUCCAAGUUUCUCUAACUGUGACCUGUGGC